CAUUGAACUCUUUCGAUGAUAUUGCCAAAAUAAGAGAAUAUAUUUACAUUUGGGCAUCACAUAUAUGGGCUGCUUAUACACCUGAGUUGAGCCCAUAUAUAAAUUAAUAUAUCCACGGGACCGGUAAUGAUACGCUGCGUUUUUAUUAGGGUUUGUUGUGUGUGCUUCUUCCUGUCUCAGAUCCCUUACCGCGCAGCUGAUCUUUCAUCUUCUUUCUUCCGGUGCGACAUGGAAACAGUAACCGACUUCCUCUCAUAAAGACCUCCUUUAAUCGACCAUCCACGAUCUAUAUUCAAUACGUCUCUUGAGACUGCGAGGCGAUUUGGGUUUCACUAUAUAAAAAGACUGGCCGCUCUUCCUCCACCGUCCACGUUCGCCUGCUCCGUUUCUGGGAGGCCAGGAAUGUACGCCCUGGUGGAGAUCUCAUGGGAGUCGACAUGCUCCUCCUUGAUUCUGAGGCUACCAUGAUGCCGGCUACGAUAAAUGUCAACCGGCUAGCGACGCACCAGACUUCUCUGAAAGCGGGUUCGGUUUAUUCACUAACCGGGUUUGAUGUUGCUCGGUGUAACCCAAAUUAUCGACUAUCGGAUUCUUCCUUGCUAAUCCGUUUUAGCGACACAACCUCUUUCGUUGAGGUUACCAAACCAGCUGUUCCGAUACCUCUUGAAUCAUUCCGCUUCCGUAACCACAGUGAGAUGCUUGGUCUCUCUAACACUAACAAUCAGCUCUCAGACCUCAUUGGUGAGAUUACUGCUGUGAAGAGCACUGUCACUGACCCUCUUCAGGACAAGAACCGUGUUAUGGCAACCAUUAAAAUGUACAAUGGCACGUUAGUGACUAUGAGCCUCUUCGACACUCACGCAGUUGCAAUUUAUAACCGGUUAGAAAAGAUGGGGAGUGAUCCAAGAGUUGUGGUUGCAACCAGCAUCAACCCAAAGAUGCUGGGAGGUCGCCUAUUUUUGAAUGCCACUUCCGGCACACAUAUUUACUUCGACAAAGAGACAGCAGCGGGGGAGAGUUUCUUCAAUAGGCUGUUUGGAGAAGCAACUGGAGUUACGCCAGCAGCUCCACUGCUAAGGGGCUAUGCAAAAGUGGAUGCCCUGACCAUAGCUGAGCUCAAUAAUUUUGUCAUAACAGCCCCCUCACAUGACAUUGAUUUUAUCUGUAACGGGAGAGGACUGAAAUCAAGAUGGAUAAGGGAUGGUGCUAUGUUUCGUGCUCAAACUGUGCCAAGAAACUUCAACGCACCGCCUCAUCGUUCACAUGUGUGCCUUUUAAUAACACUAACGCAGUUGGUGUCCUCCAAUACAUACCGUGUGGAGAUGUCCAUUGCAGACGAAACUGGUGAAGGAUUGUUUGUUUGCUUCGAUGGGGUUAUGACGAAACUCCAUAACAUGAGGGCAUCGGAAGGUGGUCAACUCUUGGUGUAACAUCCGCGAUCAUAGAUAAGGAUCGUCGGGACGGCCAUGGUUCGAGGAAACAAACCAGCCAGUCUUAAGACAUAAAGGCAAGCGUUCCAUGGCCAAGUUAGAAGGUUAAGGCAUAAGGAAACUUAGACUUAACCUUAUACAAGUCAAGAGUCAGCUAGGACGAGUAAGACGGUAGCUGAACGAAGCGAACGAGUAGCUCGACCAGCUCAACGAAGCUAUGUUAAGCUCACUCAAGCUCGACCACUAUUAAGUCAGCUCUACUAGCUGGACUACUAGCUCACUCAGCUGAAGCAGCUGGGAGUCAGCUCAUAUCAGCUCGACGGACUGUUCGGGUUUCGGGCUGAUGGUCCGGGUCCGGGUCAGUGGUGGGCAGUGUGGUCUGGUCAUGGGGCCAUGGGCUGUUGGGUCUUUGGACAAGGCCGUGGGUUAAGUCCAGAAGGCUUGGGGAAUGGUUUGGGCUUAUGACCGACCCCAAACCCAAUCAGAAUAGGCGAUGGGAUGCAAGUGGCCGAGAGGGCACAACACUUGGCCGAUGGUGCGCAUUCGCUAGUAAGGCGUGCCUGUUCGUGGGGCAAGACUUACCCCCUCGUUUUCUAUAAAUAUGGGGCCUCUCCUGUCGAUUUUAUUUCAUCCAAUCCAGAGUAAAAUACUCAAAGAAAUCGUAGAGAGAGAGAAAGAAAGAGAGUGAGAGUUUCCGGCCAAAGCAAGGCCGAUUGUGUGGUGGUUAGGUUUCCGGCGAUCUGAUCGUUUGUGAAGCAACCUCCGAUCAAGUAUGGGAGACCGAUACCAGGAGAAGAACAUGGAGAACCCAGACGUGGUUUAGAAAGUACGUGGUGGGCUAUGGCUCCAUCAGACCGAACAGAUGGUCCUUGUGAUCACACCGCGGCUCUGGUCGGUUCAUUAGUCCCAACCGCUUCUCCUUACUUGUUUCUAUCUGAUCCCUUUCUCUUCUUUCUGAUUAUACACGAAGGGCUGGGUUGGUUCAGUCCAAGGUACACGUCCCUAGGCUUGUCCGAACAUAACCAAACCGCUAGCCUAGACACGGGUCGGCUAUGCGGAUGGUUCGAAUCAAACCAUGGACUGGGCGGUUGGGCUAAACGGUUGGUCAUGUCCCAAAAGGCACGAGUUGCCAAAGGUCACGAGUUACCAAAGGUUGUGUGUUGCCAAAGGGUGUAAGUAACCAAAGGGUACGAGUUUCCAAAGGUUACGAACAUCAAGAGGUACGAGGACCAAGAGUUACCAAGGACCGAAGGGGUGCAUGUUCCAAACGGUGUCUGUUGAGACAGGUUGUGUCUGAUCCUUAUGGAUCAGUCUAUGAUUUGUUGAGUCAAGACAAGUUCACGGUUUGUCUAAGCCAAGGUAAGAGUCGCAAGGUCUGAUCUGCUGCUAAGCCUACCGGAUUGGGCUUGAGGCUUACUCGGCCAUUUGGAUCCAGGCCCAAGGCCGGAUCAGGUAAGGAAGUCCGUUGGGCCAUUGAGCCGGACUUCAUGGGCCGGUCGAACCUAGAUUCUAUCCGGUUAGACAGAUUGGUCUUCGGAGCGAUCCGAAUCUGUUCGUGUGUUCUGUUUA